CUAAUGAAAAUGGCUUCUGCCGAUAUUGUGACGGUAGUUAUUGAUGCAGGAUCUCAAACAACAAAGGCAGGAUUUGCUGGAGAAUCUUUUCCUAGAUGUGUUAUACCGACAACUGUGGGGCGUUUCCGUCAGGAUGGUUUGCUGGAUUGUGUACCCGAUGUUUACUUUGGCCAUGAAGCGAUGCUGAAGAGAGGGAUUUCCAAAUUAUCAUGGCCGAUAAACAAUGGAAUGGUAACUAAUUGGGAUGAAAUGGAGAAACUUUUACAUCACAUAUUUUAUAGAGAGCUUCAUGUUGCACCAGAAGAAUCACAAAUAUUGGUAGCAAUGCAUCCUCUUAUUGGAAAAUCAGACAAAGAAAGAAUAGCAGAGAUACUAUUUGAAUCAUUCGCGAUUAAUAGUCUUCAUUUGGCGACAUCAUCAGCACUGGUAUUACACGCCAGUGGUAGGACUUCUGGAGUAGUCUGGGAGAAUGGCUAUUCUUGUUCGUACGCUUCACCAGUCUUUGAAGGAUUCCCUCUUAAGCACGCCACGGUUUGCUCUAACAUAGCCGGGGAUUUUUUAACAACACGCCUUCAACAAAUGUUAGACGCGGUUGGCUACUCAUUUACGACACAUGUUGAGAGAGAUAUACUGGAAAAUAUUAAAGCUGAUCUGUGUUAUGUUGCCAUUGAUUAUGAAGAAGAAUUAAAAAAAACUUCAAGAGAUACUAUCAAAUUUAAUCUUCCAGAUGGUCAGCAUAUUCUUGUAGGCAAAGAAAGAUUCGAGUGCCCUGAAGUUAUGUUUCAGCCCUCUUUACAAGGGUUAAGUUGUCCUAAUAUAGUGGAUGCUAUCUGCUCCAGCAUAAAAAAAUGCGAUAUAGAUUAUAAAGCAUUAUUUUUCGAUAAUGUAGUAAUUUCUGGAGGGUCAAGUAUGUUUAAAGGGUUGCCAGAACGUUUAAGUGUUGAAUUAUCUAGGAGGGUUAGUGAGUUACCGGGAAUAAGGGCGAAUGUUGAUGCAAUGCCCACGAGACAUUAUUCUAUUUAGGCUGGCGGAUCUAUCUUGGCCUCGCUAAAGUCAACGACAGGUUUCUCGAUGACGAGAAAGGAAUAUGAAG